GUAUACCAGCGAACUAUGCCAUAUGAUUUCAGAAAUCCUGCACUUCCAAACCAUGUGCUCCCUUUCUUCCCAAAGCCAACUUAUGGUGUCGCCUUUCAUUUUAAUUCUCCUCCACACCACCCUUUCUGUCCAUACCCAUCUCAUUCCUUCCAAAUAUUUCUCCUCUUGGUUUCCAAAAGCUUCAUGCCAUUUGAACAAGGGCAGAUCCAGAAGCAAGCGAACAGCCCGAUGAAGCAGAGCAGCAGCCCACUGCAAGGUACUGUAAUCUCUGCCGGCCAACAGCACAACCAUCAAGUGUACCGUGAUCCCUGUGUUGACUACGAUGUUGAAUCCAACAGCAGCCAUGGCCGCAUCCUCAGCCUCUUGCUCAAGUUUGUCAUUGCCUUCUCUGUCAUCCUCUGCUUUAGUGAUCUGAUUGGCCUGUUCCUUCUCAAACCAGCCAUGGUUGAGGUCAGGUUUGAGAAGGCAUCACUAACAAAGUUCAGCUUCACCAACAAGAACAUCCUGAAUUUCGAUCUUGCGUUGGAUGUUAGAGUGAGGAACCCCAACAAGAAAAUUGGCAUCUAUUAUGAAAGCCUUGAAGCAGUUGCAUUCUACGAGGGCGAGCGGCUCGGGGCGGUUUCGGUGCCGAGUUUCUACCAAGAGCCCGAAAACACGACGUAUGUUCACCCUGUAUUUCGGGGCCAAUUCCCGGCCGGUCGCGGUUAUGGCGUUUUCCGGGAUUAUAUUUUAGGGAGACAUCAAGGUUGGUUUGAAGCUGAGGUUAAGUUUUUCACCAAGUUGUGGCUGAAGAUAGGGCCUCUGAAUGGAGAGAGAUAUGAACCAGAGUUCACUUGCCCUUUGUUGGUUCGUUUGGGCUCUGUAACUCCAUUAAGAAAUGCAGAGCUCAAAUGGUCAAGAUGUGAGGCUGAAUUUCACCCUCUGAGUUUUUCCCCGCAGAUUCUAAAUUAUGUCGUCCCCUUCACUUUGGUUGUAUUAUAUUUGUUGGUACUAGUUUUUGUACAUUUUGUCUGAUUCAGUUUUUGAGCAAAAACGAAACUGCUUAUGUCGCUAAAGAUAGAG